AUGUCGAUCCUCGAAAAUCUCCGAGAAUCUAAUCGAAGGAGGUGUUCAUCAACCACGGCUUAUGAACAGCAUUCAAUAGAAGGAAGUUCUAGAAUUUUCAGAGAAGAAAAAGAGUCGCGUCCAGUUUCUAAAAAUGAUAGUCACGUGGGUCCUCACUGCUGUUCCAGAACUAGGAAAAGUCUAAAUUCCAAACUAAGUUAUUUGAAAGUUUUAUAUAAAGAGAUUUCAAGCAAUGAUCUUUUGUAUACACACAAUUUGUUUCACCACCGAAACGACGAAUCCUUCGAUUUCACUCGUGUUGCAUACAUUAACAAUAUAGAUUACACGAAAAUUUCCGAUUACGAAAUCGCCAUGGAUGCGACAGUGUCUGACGAUGUAUUACUUUCCAUGCCGGCAGCAUUCGUUAUGAGAAAAGGAUUUCCCCAUAUAGAAUAUUUCAAUAAAAUAAUGUACAAUAUAUUCGAAAGUGGCCUUCAACAUUAUACUCCGGUAGUUCACGGAAGAAAGAAUCCGAUUUUAAAAUAUAUUAACGAGAAAGCUGCCGUGAGUAAAGAAAUGAUACCUGGUGACUUUACGAGAUUUCUGUCGUGGGGAUAUAAUACGAAUCUUCCAAUAUAUGCUAAACCAUAUCCGAUAGUGGCUGAUAUAGAAAAUGUUAUUCAAAAAUUACCUGGAAAUAAUGAGGAAAAGGCGAUGUUACGGUCCAAUAUAAGUAAGGAUUUGGAAAAGUAUAAAGGUAAAAAUGGUUUCAUAACUGAUAAAAAAGCAAUAGAAAUAAAUAAAAAAGCUAAAAGGUUAAUAAAAUUUUUUGAUAAUAAUAAACUUUCUAUCCUUAAAGCAGACAAAUCGCAUCAACUGGUUAUAUUAACGAGAGAAGAAGUAAAGCAAAAGAAAAAAGAAAUCGCUAUGUCUAAUGAAUACGAAAAAUUAACAUCAGAUCCAUUAAAGGAAAUACAGAAUAAUUUAGUGAAACUAAUUAAGAAACAUAAACAGCAUUUUUCAAGUCAACAGGUAAAAAAUAUACUAGAUUUCAAUAAUAUAAGACAACCACAAUUAAAUUUAAGAGUUAAGACUCAUAAACCAGGUAACAAGUGUAGACCAUUAGUUGAUUUUAAAAAAACAGUCUUAUAUAAUUUGGAAUGCUAUUUAAAAACUUAUUUGCAGAUAAUUAGCAGACCAGCAUACAGUAUCAAGGAUACAGAUGAACUAAUCAAUGGAUUAUUGAAAGGUAAAGUUAUGCAAAAUCACCGUCUUAUGAGCUUAGACAUAGAAUCAAUGUACCCAUCUAUAACAUUGGAUAUGAUAAAAGAAUCUAUUAGUAAAUAUGAAAUACCAGAUUAUAUAGUUCUUCUUAUAGAGUUUAUAUUUAAAAAUAAUUAUUUUAAAAUUAACACAGAUUAUUUUCGCCAAAAAGAUGGAAUAUCAAUGGGAUCAGUGAUUGGACCUAAAUUAGCAGAGAUUUGUAUGAAAUCAAUUGAUGAUAGUAUAUCAAAAGUUCCAGCAGACAAAUCGCAUCAACUGGUUAUAUUAACGAGAGAAGAAGUAAAGCAAAAGAAAAAAGAAAUCGCUAUGUCUAAUGAAUACGAAAAAUUAACAUCAGAUCCAUUAAAGGAAAUACAGAAUAAUUUAGUGAAACUAAUUAAGAAACAUAAACAGCAUUUUUCAAGUCAACAGAUAAUUAGCAGACCAGCAUACAGUAUCAAGGAUACAGAUGAACUAAUCAAUGGAUUAUUGAAAGAUUAUUUUCGCCAAAAAGAUGGAAUAUCAAUGGGAUCAGUGAUUGGACCUAAAUUAGCAGAGAUUUGUAUGAAAUCAAUUGAUGAUAGUAUAUCAAAAGUUCCAGGUAUAGAAUUUUAUGCUCGUUAUGUGGAUGACAUAUUAAUUAUUUUUGAUUCCUGUAUGGUAACACCUCAUGAAAUAGAAGAUUAUGCGAAUACCUUACAACCCAAUAUAAAGUUUACUAGUGAAUUGGAACAGAAUCAGGAAAUAAACUAUUUGGAUGUGACUAUUAAGCGUGAGAAAACGCAAUUGGUGUUCCGUAAGUAUGAAAAAUUGUGUAAUACAGAAAAAACAAUUAGUUAUAAAUCUUAUUGCCCUAUAGAAACUAAGAGAAACGUUUUUACCAUGGAAUUGAGGAAAAUACUAAACAGAACAACACUCUAUGAAGAUAUAAAUAAAGAAAUUAAACAAUUAUUUAGAAAAUAUUUAUUGAAUGAUUACCCGAAGAAUAAAAUUUUGGCCAAGCAGGAAAAUAAAAUGUCGAAUGUUAUUAAUAUUAUAAAUACUAAAGGUCGAAAAACAGUAAGAAAUCAGCUUGACGUCGCAGGAGUGGUCUACAAGGUAUCAUGUGAUUGUUUACAAGCGAAAUCAUAUGUUGGAGAAACGGGACGGAAGCUCGAGAUACGCCUAAAAGAACACGAGGCAGCGAUUCGUCUAAAAAGACAAGAGUCACCAUGGUAUCAACAUUGUGUUAAUUAUAAUUGUAAAAUUAAUAGAGACUCUGUAAGAAUAUUGUAUAAAAUGGAAAAUUUGUUUAAAAGACGUGUGGUAGAACAUCUUUGUAUAAUAGAACAUGCAAAUUUGUUGAAUCAGAAUGUCGGUCUUAACGUUGAUGCAUGCUGGGAAAAAUUUAUUUGUAUAAAAGGAAAUAAGUGUCUGGUUGUUGGAUAA